AUGGAAUUAUAUUAAUUUUUUAUAUUGUUAUUAUUAUUAUUGAUUUGAAAUCAUUAAAUUAAUCGGUUUUCGAUUGUCGUAUACUUCAAAUGAUAAAUGUUUAGGACCACUUGUCAGUUGUACAUAUAUACUUUUCAGUAAUAAAUAACCUUGAUAUUGUAAAUAUGAAUUCAGACACAGAAGAAAACGAAAGGGCGCAGGCAGAUCACUUGCAAACCCCAUCGCGAUUACGUCCAAGAAAAUCAUUAGUGACUACUAUAUAUGUAAUAUCAGAUGAUGAAGAUGAUAUUGAUGAUACCAAUGAAGCAAAAAUUAAACCUACACAUCUUUUCUCAGAAAAAGAUGUUGAUGGCAAACAAAUGUUUACGUUCAAAAAAAACAAAAGAAGAAAUGCAAUGGCAAGCAAAGCUGCGUGUGCUGUUACACCAUCUAAAGAUUUACAAAUAUCGAAGUUAGAGGGUACACCGAAAAAAAAUAUGGUAUCCAGAAUUCUUUCAGAGUGUGCCAAAACACCUCUUUCUGUUCGACACAAAAUGAAAAAAGAAAUUGUUUCACGUGUAAUUGAAAUUGGCGAUAGCGAUGAAGAUUUUUCUGACAGUGGAUCUGAAUUCAAUCCAACUGAAGACGAAUCAAGUGCAUCAGAAAUUUCAAGUGCAGAAGAAGAUCAACAUUCUAACGGAUCAGAUAAUGAAGUUGUAAUAACAAAAGUCAGAAAUCUGAAUAUUGUACCGAUUAAAAAGAAAACAGCUCAUAAUACUAGAGCCCAGAAAGAAUUAAAUUAUGCCCCUCAGUCUGAUAAUUAUUUCUCUUCCCAUGUGAGUUCCAAGGUGGUCACUUCUAAUCAUACAUUGGAUAAAUUGAAAAACCCACGACUUUCACAAGAUGAAAUACAAAAACUAUUAAAAUCAUUAAAAUUAACAGAAAGUCAUAAAACAGCUUUAAAUGAUCUGUUUGAGGAGAUUAAAAAACAAUUUCCAAAGUGGCUGUUGGUAUUAAAUGAAGGAUUUAAUAUUAUGUUAUAUGGACUGGGAUCAAAACGAAAUAUUUUAACUGAAUUUUAUAAUUGUGAACUGAUGAAUGAAGAUGUUGUUAUAGUUAAUGGAUUUUUUCCAAGCCUCACUAUUAAAGACAUAUUAGACAGCAUUUUAGAAAUUUUAGAAUUAACUAUAAGUAGUUCAAAUACUCAUGAAAUAGUUGACUUUGUUGAAGCACAUUUGAAACAGAAGAAAUACGGGCACUUAUAUCUCAUUGUUCAUAAUAUUGAUGGGCCUAUGUUGAGAAAUAAUAAAUCACAAAAUGUAUUAGCAAGACUUGCCAAGCUAGACAAAAUUCAUUUAUUGGCUUCAAUUGAUCACUUAAAUGCACCACUAUUAUGGGAUCAUAUGAAGUUGAGUUCUUUUAAUUACUGUUGGUUUGAUGCUACAUCUUUCAUACCUUAUUCUUAUGAAACAUCAUUUGAAGGAUCUUUGCUAGUAAAUAAUUCAGGAGCAUUAGCUCUAUCCUCAUUAAAGAAUGUGUUCGAAUCUCUAACUAGCAAUUCCCGUGGCAUAUAUCUUAUGAUCGCAAAACAUCAGCUUGAUAAUAAAGAUAACCAACAUUAUCAAGGAAUAGCAUUCAAGGAUUUAUAUGGGAGCUGUCGAGAAGCUUUUCUUGUUAGUUCUGUUCUGGCUCUUCGUGCCCAAUUAACAGAAUUUGUAGAUCAUAAACUUAUCAAAAUGAAACGUACAGCUGAUGGUAUAGAACAUUUGAUAAUCCCCAUUGAAAAUUCACUUUUACAGCAAUUUUUGGAUCAGCAAAAUAAAUAA